CUCUUUUCUCUUCUCUUCUCUUCUCUUCUCUUCUCUUCUCUUCUCUUCUCUUCUCUUCUCUUCUCUUCUCUUCUCUUCUCUUCUCUUCUCUUCUCUUCUCUUCUCUUCUCUUCUCUCCCGUCUCUCCCUCUCCCUCUCCCUCCUUCUCCCUCCCUCCCUUCCCUGUUUUCCGCGGAGGGGGUGGGAGAUGUAGAGUCCCCCCCCCCGCCCUGCCGGCAGUGCGCGUGCACGGCGCGGUAGGUGCGCGGGUGCGCGCGGGUGCGCCCGUCGCUGCGCGCCCCUGGCCGCGGCGGUGGCGCCGGGGCUGAGCGCUCCGCCGGCCGAGCGCGGUGCGGCAGCAGUUAGCAAUUGCGGCGGUGCGGUUUUUGGGCAGGCUAACGAGUGGAUUUAUAGCGCACUUCUUAAUACGGUGAAAAGACAAGCUGAUGUGAGGAAGGAGAUAUGUCCGUUACGGGAAGGUGCCGUCUACCCCAUCUCCUGGUUCUUCUUGCAUUUGUGGUCAGUGGAGAGAAAAGCCAGGCACAAAGAGCAGGUUGCAAGAACGUUCACUAUGACCUUGUUUUCAUCUUGGAUGCCUCCUCCAGCGUUGGAAAAGAAGAUUUUGAGAAGGUUCGACAAUGGGUGUCUAAUUUGGUGGAAACUUUUGAGAUUGGCCCAGAUAAAACUCAUGUAGGUGUGGUGCGGUACAGUGAUCGGCCAACCACAGAGUUUGACCUGGGAAGGUACAAAACUCGUGAGGAAAUCAAAGACGCUGCACGAAAAAUUAAGUAUUAUGGGGGUAACACAAACACUGGAGAUGCUCUCAGGUACAUCAACACUUACAGUUUUUCCAAAGAAGCAGGUGGGAGACUUAGUGACCAAACUGUUAAAAAAGUGGCUAUCCUUCUGACGGAUGGAAGAAGCCAGGAUUAUGUCUUAGAUGCAGCCACUGCAGCCCGUCAGGCUGGGAUUAGGAUCUUUGCUGUGGGUGUUGGCGAAGCCUUAAAAGAGGAACUGGAUGAAAUUGCUUCGGAACCCAAGUCCGCUCAUGUGUUUCAUGUCUCUGAUUACAAUGCCAUUGAUAAAAUUCGGGGGAAGCUGAGAAGACGUCUUUGUGAAAAUGUUCUGUGUCCAAAUGUCCAUGUGGAAGGAGACCGAUUCAAACACACCAGUGGGGAGACUGAUGAGAUUCCAGGAUUUGACCUGAUGGAUUCGUUCAGUGUGAAACAAAUUUUUGGAAUGAAAGAAAGUGGAAUUCAGAGCUCCUACGUGCGACUUGGAAGCUUCCCCAUCGUUCAGAAAACUGAGGAUGUGUUCCCACAAGGUUUGCCUGAUGAAUAUGCCUUUGUAACUACCUUCAAAUUCCGAAAGGCUUCCAGGAGAGAAGACUGGUAUAUUUGGCAAAUUAUUGACAAGUACGGCAUACCACAGGUCUCGAUCCGACUGGACGGAGAGAACAAGGCAGUGGAGUACAACGCCGUAGGGCUCACCAAGGACGCUGUGAGAGUGGUCUUUCGAAAUGCUCGAGUCAGUGAUCUGUUUGAUCGCAGCUGGCACAAAAUCGCCCUCAGCAUUCAGUCAGAGGCUGUCACCCUUUACAUAGACUGCAGACUGGUGCAGACGCUGCCUAUUGAAGACAGGGAAAAUAUCGACAUUCAAGGAAAGACUGUGAUUGGCAAACGCUUGUAUGACAGUGUCCCCAUUGACUUUGAUCUUCAGCGGAUGGUUAUUUACUGUGAUUCUCGACAUGCUGAGCUGGAAACCUGCUGUGACAUUCCCUCUGGACCAUGCCAGGUCACGGUCCUGACGGAAGCACCACCCCUUGAAGUGAAGCCCACUGUUGGCAAUGAACAAGUUGGCCACAUCAAGACUGUCAAUUGCUCCUGUCCAGCUGGAGAAAAGGGGGAGAGAGGCCAAGUUGGUCCUGAAGGUCCUAGAGGUCAGAAGGGAGAAAGUGGCAGCCAAGGACUUCCCGGGCUCCGAGGAGAAAAAGGAGAGUCAGGCAGAGCCUAUGGCAGGGGAGAAAGAGGAGAAAAGGGUGAAGAAGGACUUCAAGGCUUUCCUGGACUGAAAGGUGAAAAAGGAGAAAAGGGGUCCCUUGGCUCACCUGGUCCCCCUGGGAAGGAUGGAGCUAAAGGAGAAACCGGUGAACCAGGACCGCCAGGAGCGUUUGGACUGCCUGGGCCAGCAGGUCCAAAGGGAUCUGAAGGAAAACAGGGUCCUCCAGGAAUUAAAGGCUAUGUAGGAGCACCGGGUCUACAAGGAGAAAGAGGAGAAAAGGGAACACGAGGAGACAAGGGAGAACAAGGCCUAGAUGGGUUUCCUGGAAAGCCGGGUGUGGAGGGGAAACAGGGCCCUGCUGGCAGCCCAGGCCCUCCCGGUGUCAGCGGGACCAAAGGAGAAAAGGGUGAACCAGGGCUUCCAGGAUUGCCAGGCACUUCUGUACAUAUUGAAGGCAUAAAAGGAGAGCAGGGAGAGCCUGGCCCACGAGGACCACCAGGCCAACCUGGACUUCCUGGACCUCCAGGAGUGGCUGGUCCAGAAGGCAAGCCUGGAGUCCCUGGUUUACCAGGUCAAAGGGGUAAGAAGGGGGAACCUGGAUUGCCGGGAAUCAAUGGUCUGCUUGGGCCUCAGGGACCUCCAGGGCUGCAGGGCAUCGCUGGACCCCCUGGACCUCCUGGAGCACCAGGGCUGCCAGGAGAGAUCGGUGUUGCUGGUAAAACCGGACCGCCAGGACCAGCUGGCUUGCCUGGCAAAGGUGGAUUAAACGGUCUUCCUGGACUUCCAGGUCAGAAGGGAGAACAAGGAGAAAAGGGUGAGGAAGGCUUUCCUGGAAAAGCUGGUCCCAAGGGUGAACCAGGGGGCCGUGGCCAAACUGGUGAACAGGGUGAAGCAGGUCUUCCUGGCCCCCAAGGUUUACCUGGACUGAGAGGAGAGAAGGGAGAUCAGGGUGAAAAAGGAAAAGAUGGCCUCCCUGGAUUCAAAGGUGAAAGAGGAGAAAAGGGUGAUAUGGGUUCCCCUGGACCACCAGGCUUACCUGGAACAACAGCCUUCUUUACUCCACACCCCAGAAUUCCUGGUGAACCUGGACCAAAAGGGGAGAAAGGAGAUCGAGGAACGAACGGAGAACCUGGAUUACCUGGGGUCCCAGGUGAACAGGGGGUCCCAGGACCUGCAGGGCUUGAGGGCACAAAGGGGCAGAAAGGAGCCCGAGGAGAAGCCGGAGCCCCUGGAGAGACUGGUGUGACUGGACCAGCGGGUCCCCCAGGUCCAAGAGGCUUGCCAGGAAAUGUGGGAGUGCCUGGAGACCCUGGACUACCCGGAAAGGAUGGAGAAAAGGGGGAAAAGGGUGAUCCAGGAAAAGAAGGAAAACCAGGUGUACCUGGUCCAGCUGGUGAACCAGGGCCUGCUGGAGAACCCGGUUUGCCCGGCAAGGGUAAAGAUGGAGAACAGGGAGAAAGAGGCCUACCAGGCUUGCCAGGACCCUUUGGACAUAAGGGUGAGAGAGGAGCUCCUGGCCUUCCUGGGCAGCCAGGAGAUAGAGGUGUGCCAGGAAUCGGGCUGGCUGGACCCCCUGGCCCUGGAGGACCCCCAGGAGACAAAGGGUCAUUGGGUCCCCGUGGUGUACCUGGUAUCCCUGGGCCACAGGGGCCUCCUGGCCAGGACGGUCUUCCUGGAAAUCCGGGGGAAAGGGGACCUCCUGGAAAACCAGGUUCUUCUCCCCUGCUCUCUCCAGAGGACAUAAAUCUCUUAGUAAAGGAUGUAUGCAGUGACUGUCCCCCUGGCCCACCAGGACUACCCGGCAUGCCAGGUUUCAAAGGUGAUAAAGGUCUCCGAGGACCACCAGGUAGAGAUGGCCAGGAUGGCAAAAUGGGGAUUGCUGGUCCCAGAGGUCCUGUGGGCCCACCUGGGCUGGAUGGCCUAAAGGGUGCUAAAGGAGAGCGUGGUACAACUGGGGAUACAGGAGAAAAAGGCGAGCAGGGCCAUCCUGGAAUGCCAGGCUUCUCAGGGCCCCCUGGAAACCCUGGUCCACCUGGACCAGAUGGGGCACCUGGACCAAUUGGACCAGCAGGAAACCCAGGAGAUAUAGGUAAAGAUGGCCCUCCAGGUCCACAGGGACCACCAGGGGUUCCUGGACUUCCAGGCAUUGCUGGAAAUGACGGCAAAGAUGGCAAGCCAGGAUCUCUUGGGGAACCGGGAAAGCCUGGAGAACCAGGACUUCCUGGCCAGGAGGGUGCCAGAGGCUUACCGGGUUUCAAGGGACAGAGAGGAGAUACAGGUCCCCCAGGUCCUCAAGGGGAGCCAGGUGUGACAGGUCCUGCUGGGCGCGAGGGGCCACCAGGGAAGGAUGGUGAUACUGGUCCCAUAGGACCACAAGGUCCUCGAGGACUCAGAGGGCAGCCGGGCAAGAAUGGAUCACCUGGACCUGCAGGAGAACCUGGCCCAGCAGGUAACCCAGGUCCAAAAGGAAAUAAAGGAGAAAACGGCAGCCCAGGAAUCCCUGGUUUUGUAGGACCCCGAGGACCACCUGGAGAACCAGGAGAGAAAGGUCCUCCAGGAAAAGAGGGCGUACCAGGGAAACCAGGCGAAAUUGGCUCCAAAGGAGAGAGGGGAGAGCCUGGCAUCAAAGGUGAAAAAGGCUCUCAAGGAGAAAAGGGCCCUCCAGGUGAUCCUGGAAUACCUGGUCAUAAAGGCCAUCCGGGACUGAUGGGUCCUCAUGGACCUCCAGGAGACAAUGGGCAAGUUGGACCUCCAGGUCCCCCAGGACAGCCAGGAUUUCCUGGACCACGGGGGGAACCGCCGUCUCUGGAGACUUUGAGAAGGCUAAUCCAAGAGGAGUUAGCAAAGCAGCUAGAUGCAAAGUUGGCCUACCUCUUGGCUCAGAUACAGCCUGCACAUGUAAAAGCAUCCCAUGGCAGACCGGGACCUCCGGGUCCCCCUGGGAAGGAAGGACUCCCAGGAAGAACUGGUCCUCCAGGAGAGCCUGGCCGGCCUGGACAAACUGGAUCUGAAGGGCCACCUGGACCGAUGGGUCCAAAAGGAGAAAGGGGAGCAAAGGGUGAGAAAGGAGAUACUGGUGUUGGUCAACGAGGUGAAAUAGGUCCUCCAGGAAUUCCAGGCCUCCCAGGGGAGCCUGGCUAUGCCAAAGAUGGGAUGCCAGGACCACCUGGCCCUCAAGGUGAAGCUGGGGUGCCUGGCCUCAUGGGCCCACAGGGACCUCCGGGAGCCAGUGGACAGUGUGACCCCGCUCAGUGUGCCUACUACGCAAGUCUGGCUGCCAGGCCUGCCAAUGUCAAAGGGCCCUAGUGUGCGGGAGGUAUCCCCAGACUUGUUUUUAAAACUUGAAUUCAGCAAGCCUGCCAAGAGCUGUCAGAUGUCUUCAACUGUGUUUCUUUCAUGGAGGCCUUCUAGGUGAUUAAAGCCAACAAAUGCUGCCGGUCGGUCAAAUUAUUUUUAUUAUAAUUAUUAUUAUCUUUGAUGUGACAUGUGGCUUUGUUUUUGUUUUCUCUAACAUCAGGGCAUAUUAAAACAUUAAAAAUAAUUGUUUUUCUUUUGAAGAGCGUGAGAUGUUGAUGCAUCAUAUAGCUGCUUAUGCAAAACCAUUCUGGUGCCAAAAUUUUUGUCUUUUAUCUGGUUAAUUCUUUCCAAAGCUUUACCCUUCACCCUUAAAACUCAGAUUAAAUCCAGCACGGUGCAGCCCAGGGCAUUAGCGGUGAGGCACAGGCUGACUGAAGGAUUGCUGAUGCUAACUGCAGUCCAUGUGGAGGUGAGGCAGGCAAGGCCACGUUGGGGCAAAGAUCUCCAACUCAUUCAGCUCAGAAUGGACAGUCAGCUAUGGACAGGCAAGGCACGUUUCCCAGAACAGCCCUGUUAAAUUUAAUGUUCUUCUGCAUAUAAAGGACAGAAAUUUGAAUCCUAUAGCAGCCACUUUUUAUGGGACCAUGAGGGAUCGCACAGUAAGGCCCGAAGAGACCACAGAGAGAGUCUAAAUCUUCUCACUGUUCCCUUUGCAAGAACUUCAGAAGACAGAGGGUUUGUUCCUAUCUGCUGGGGUUUAUCUUGCUGUCAAGGAGAUGCCUCUGCAAAAAGCCACAAGGUUGCCCUCUGUCAGCUCAGGGAUACUGAAUCCCUUUUUCACUGUCAGUACAGAGACAGCUCCCUUUUCAUCCAGCUCUGCUUCACCCAAGAAAAUUAGCCAGUGUAGCAUAGAAAGUCUCCUGGCCUUAAAAAUCUCAGUGACCCAAGACCCAACUCCACUAUUUAUGAUAAUCCAUCCACCAGGAUGAUAACUUGGCAAUGCUGUGUGUUAGAGGGUGUGUGAGAGGUUGUGGGCUGGUCUAGGAGAGUGCCAGUCUCUGAAGGGAUUCAGAGCAAAGAGGCAUCAGAAACCCAGUGGAUCAAGAGAAAUUGUGUUGGAGACUGAAAGCAAAAAGUCAGAAAUGGGCCCUUUCCCCUUAUCAGCUAAUAGCUAAAAUCAACGUGGGAAUGCAAUGAGAAAAAUCAAAAGGGGAUGAAGCCUGAGAAGAGCUUCACAGUAGGCCAUUUGUCAGUCUAACCCUCUGGCUGAGACAUGCCCCCACACAAAGGGAUAGAUCUGGGGGGUCAUCAGGCCUUGGCCAUACGUGCCAGCAAGGCAGCUGCGUCUUUGAAACUGUUCUGCAGUCAGCAGUUUGUACUGGGAGAUCGAAGUGAUGAACCUAAUACAGACACCAAGUGCUGAAGGUGUUUGGAAAUCUCAUCAGGUCUUUUAGAGAAAGAAGUGAGACACCCUGUCCGGCUGGCACAUUCACCACAUGGCGCGGUGCUCCCAAGCUGCCCAAACUGAGCAGAAGUCACAGCUGUCUGCAACCAUCCCAGAGUCGGACCUGGUGGCUAAAGCCCAGAGCUAACCAUUUGCCAGCCUUGGAGUCUCCUGCCAUCUGGUAGCAGAUAACAGGGGCCUCCACUUUACUGAAAAAUGGAAUUAAAUAACAUGUUCACAUGGCAGGGUUAAAGAAAGUCUUUCCUAUGUAGAUCUCAAUGGUGCUAUUUCCUAUGCAAAUAAACUGUCUGAUUUGA